AUUUCCCGGCGCCCGCCCCCGCUCGGUUUUCCUUUCAGUGGCCGCUUCAGUAGCGCAGCGACCGCCGCGGGGUGCACACGCGCUCGGUCGCUACACAACACACACUGUUUGUUUACCAUUAGACGACAUUGGUCAAGCAAAGGACAACACAACACUAGCCACCUCAUCGCAUGGCAGACGAGGCGGCAGCAGAAUGCCUGUUCGACCGCCUGCGGCAACACCAGCAGCGGGCGCCAGACGCCACAGAAGUGGCGCGAACCAUCACUGCACGCAUCAACGCGCGGCUCACGUCCCAUGAUAAACAUGUACGACAAUCUACACUGGAAAAGAUAUGGGACAAGAGAACCAAUGCUAUUCAGAUGCUUCUUACGAUCCUGGAGACAUCAAGAGACACGCCAACGUCGACUUAUACAACAGCUAUAUUACGAGAAGCAAUAUGUUUAAAACAAGGAAAAGGAAAGAAAUGUUCAGCUGGCAAUGAAGCAACAGUUAACAAGAAGAAAGAUGUCAAUAAGACGGGCAAAGAAAAUAAAAAUCCUUUGCGAAAAAAGGCCAACAACAUGGCGCGGACUCAGUGCGCCCAACACAUGAUAGCGUUAAACGGCACCCAAAUAAUUAUCCGAUACCUCGUUGCUUCCCAUAGCAAACGGGAUGGCUCUGUCGGUGCCGAGAUAAUAGUCCAGGACUUAGUGUGGAUUCUUGCCGCGCUGGCUCCUAAAGAUCCAAAGUUUGCAAACAAAGUAAGGACACUUGGUUGUGUUAGAACUAUGCACCUCAUAUUUAAAGGGCAUUUCACAGACAACAAGCUAAUUUUCCCGUUACUAGUGAUAUUAAAACAACUAGCCAAACAUUCCGUGACCACAGCCAUCUUAAUCCGCGACGGAGUAGUGACAACGUACGAGCGUGUUCUCGUGAGCCUGGGGUUCAUGCCCACGGCGCGCCUGCGCCUCUGCCUCGACGCCAUCGACUAUUUCAGCAAGAACAAGGUGUGCUGCAUGCAGAUCGUGAAGACAGGCCUCUGUAGCGUGCUCCUCAGGGUGUUCGACCGAUGGGAUCGCUACGAGGGCCGCAUAAGGCUGAAAAUAUGUGCCCACAUCUUGAGGACGCUGCAGCACCUUUGCAAUAUAAAGGCAGGUCGUCGCUCCCUCUGCACUAAGAAGCACGUGCAGACGCUGCACCGCUUCUGCUCGCAGUGCCCGGAUGAACCUGAGUUCGACGGGCUCCUGGCGAGGGUGUGCUCGGUGAUCACGCUGUGCCUGAAGCACCAGGCGCUGCCCGUACCUGCAUCCAGCCCUGCGGUCUUCAACCUCAACCCUAUACUUAAGGGUACUAACACAAUAUGGCCGUGUCACGAAGACGAUGAAGAUGGAGCAAAUUCAGACAGUAAGACCAUCAACUCGGACCUCGAGGACGACGGACCUGAUCCUGAUUUAGAUCUGGAGGCCACUGAUGAAUACUCAGACGUUGACUUGAAUGAUGGUGAUAAGCUAGAAUCAACCGAAGGGGAAGCAGAGACGUCACAUCAUUUGAAAUCAGAUAGUUUACAAAGUGCAAUGUUUUUCAAUCCAAAUGAGAGAGAUAUAGAAGACUUAAAAAGAUAUUUUUGUUUUUUUAAAGAAUUUGGCUCUUACAAUAAACAAGUUAGAUUAGUCAAGAGCCGUUCUAAUUCUAGAGGAUUCAUUCUCGAAGAUUUUCUACAGUUCCAAUCAAAUAAGAACGGGUUGACUUCGCUUAAUUUAUCGUUCACUCAAGAAUGUGACAGAAUAUUCCCAAUUACGCCCGCCCCAUUGCAAUCAUCUCCAGGUUUUCAAACAGGCAAUAAAAUUAACGAAAGCACAUCCACAUCCUCCUGCUCAUACCUCAAGAUACACAAAGACCUUUCAAAGUUCGGCUCAUUUGCGCUGAUAUAUUGCACAAUAGCGUCUCGGGUUAGAAGUGUGAUCCCGUUCGUGAAAGUAGCCUUUCCAGACAUGAUAGGUGGACAGGGCCUUGCACAUCCAGAGCCUUUAAAUAAAAUGGAGCGAUCCACCUGCAGAGUCAAGCUGUUAUCAUGUGUAGAUAGAGCAAUCAGCCCUGAAGCUUAUAUGAAUGAAGUGGUCUAUGAUCUAGAUCAGCUAAACUCUCUGACUGGGGUGUUCGAUAACUCAGCGCCAAAAAGCACGGAGAGCGUUUUCUUAUCCAACACAGACGAAGAAGAAAUAACAAAAGCAAAUAAUUUUUCGACGCGAUUGUCUUUUGAAUCCAGGUUUGAGUCUGGCAAUUUGAGAAAAGCUAUUCAGAUAGGUCCAAGAGAGUACGAGCUAAUUCUAAUGCCUGACGUGAAUUCCACGAAAAGACAUCAGUGGUUCUACUUUGAAGUGCGUAACAUGAUACAGGGGCGCCCGUACAUCUUCAACAUCGUCAACUGUGAGAAGUCUGACAGCCAAUUCAAUUUCGGCAUGAAACCAGUUAUGUACUCAGUCAAGGAAGCAAUUCUGGGUAAACCAGGCUGGAUUCGAGCUGGCACAGACAUUUGUUACUACCGCAACAGCUACCACUACGCAAGCCCGAAAAGCCACAACAAAUGCUAUCUUACAGUUACGUUCAACAUCGAGUUCCCACAUACCAACGACGUGGUCUAUCUCGCCUAUCAUUUCCCGUUCACAUAUUCGAUGAUGAUGGCCAAACUUUGGCAACGGAGUCUGCAGCUGCCGCCGAACGCGUACCUGCGGGCGGAGCCGCUCUGCUACUCCCUCAACAGCAACGAGGUGCCGUUGCUGACGAUAUCCGCUGACGAUACGCCGACGAAUCCGAUUGCGGAUAGAGAGAUAAUCUUCCUAACGGCCCGCGUGCACCCCGGCGAGAGCAACGCGUCGUGGGUGAUGGAUGGCACGCUGAGCUGCCUGCUCGGCGACACCGAGGUGGCCGCCUCCCUGCGCGCCAAGUACGUGUUCAAGAUCGUGCCCAUGCUCAACGUCGAGGGCGUUAUCAACGGCUGCCAUCGAUGCGGCUUGACUAAUGAAGAUUUAAAUCGACGAUGGAGUAAACCGAGUCCCGUUUUGCAUCCUUCUAUUUAUCACACCAAGGGUCUGAUCGAAUAUUUGGUGCGCGUAUGGAAGAAGCCGCCACUGGUGUUCUGCGACUACCACGGGCACUCGCGCAAGAAGAACGUGUUCUUCUACGGCUGCGCGGGCGCCGAGAGCUGGUGCGGCAGCGACCGCAGCGUGCCCGACGAGCCCGUCAAAUACCUCAUGCUCCCGGCCCUGAUGCAUCGCAUCUCUCCGGCGUUCGCUCUGGGAUCGUGCUCCUUCCGAGUUGAGCGGGAACGAGAGAGCACGGCCCGCGUUACCGUGUGGCGUCAUCUCGGCGUCACACGCUCUUAUACGAUGGAGGCGACUUUCUGCGGCUUCGAUCGAGGACCUUUCAAGGGCUUCCACCUGAACACGCAGCACCUGCAGACCGUGGGCAGCGAUUUCUGCGAGGCGCUCAAUGGCCUGAACGACACCGCCACCAGCGACGAUAUCCAGCUCACAAAGGAUCUCAAUGGAAAUAUCAUUGAAAUUAGUUUGAACGGCGAAGCAGUGAAUAGUGCGAUCGCCGUGGACAGCGAGCCGGGGUCCUGUUCCGACAGCGUGCUGCGUACAGACUCCGACGAGGACUUUGACUAGCAUCAAAUCGAUUGGCCGAGUACUUACUAAC